AUGUCUGUUUCAUCGCCGGCGACGAGAACCCUAAGUGAGGCGUCGGAGGAGGAGGUGAUGCGGCUGAGCUUAGAUCUGGUGGCGGCCGCCGGUCAAAACAUUGGGUUCUUGAGAGAUGUUGCAGAAUCGCAUUCGCUCCACCAUACACCCGUUCUUAAUGAAGCAGUUCGUAGGUAUGAUGAACUAUGGAUGCCGAUGAUUUCUGAUCUUACGGCGGAAUCCGGCAAACCGCCGAUGAUUCUUCCUCCUCUUGAUAUUGAGUGGGUUUGGUUCUGCCACACUCUAAAUCCGGUGGUUUAUAGGCAAUACUGUGAGUCAAGAUUCUUGAAACUCAUCGGAAAAUCCGCAAUUUUUAACCAAGAAAACAGAGAUUAUGCUCUGGAAAGGUGUAGAGAGAUUUGGGUUGCUAAAUAUCCAUCGGAACCGUUCGAAAAUGAGUCUGAUUCGGGUGAUCUUCGCAACGCCAAGAUUCUUCAGACUGAUCAUCUUUUGGGAGAAGUAUCAAAGCAAAGACAUCUCUUGACCAAGUUUUCCAAGCCUUAUAUGCUAGAACUUGUGUAUUUAAUCGCUGCCAAAAAGCGAUAUAAAGACUUCCUGUUUAUCUUGCAAAGACAUGCCGAUAGCUGCUCAGCUUUCGUACCCACUUCGGAUAUUCUCCUAAUGUGGAUUACUCAUAAGAGCUACCCGACAACGUAUAGGAUGGAUGUGAAUGAAAUGGAGGGGAGCAUGGAGAAGGUAAUUGAAUCAGAAGAAUCCGUAAAUGAGAAAGCUUUGGAGGCCAUGGAGCAGCUUUGGGAGAGAGCCUUUGAUCAGCCAUACGAAAAAUCGGGCUGCCCAGCAAUUGGCGGAGGCGAUGAUGGUCUAAAGCCGCCACCGAUUCACUGGGAGAUCACAGAGAUUGAUGCCAAUAUAAAGUACCGGACGUUGCUGCCAAGAUUCUUGCUUGAGGUUAACAUAUUGGUGAAACCAACCCCGAUGAUGAAAACCCUGCAAACGAACAAAUCGAAAGAGUUUCUGCGUUUCCAGUUGCUUAGAUGCCAUCGAGACUUUAAAAUAAACAGCCCCGUAUCGAGUAUUCCUUCGAAUUCUUGGCAAAAAACAGUGCAUCUUUAUUGCGAAUUUGGAACGAAAGGAAUCGUGGUUGAAUUACGACGAAAAGGAGGAGUUUGUAUCAAAGGAAGUAAACGGAUCGAAUACAAAACUUUUAUGUGGAAUGAGUUGCUUCGAGCACCAUCGAUCACUUUGGACGGAGUCAUUGGCGGAAGAGCGAGGAUACUAGCGUCGAUCACACCGCCUGCACAAGCACCGUACUUGUUGAAAUGUGUGCCGGACCGGGUGACAGAUGAUUCGGGAGCCAUGGUGUCGGAGGUGGUUCUGAAAAUGAACCAGUAUCGGCCUCAGGAAGGCCGGUGGUUGUCUCGUACAGUUCUUGAUCAUGCCGGAAGAGAGUGUUUCGUUAUUCGGAUGAGAGUGGGAGGAGGGUUUUGGAGAAGAGGCGCUAACAAACCUACGGCCGUAAAAUGGGAGGAUCGAUGUGUAGAGGUACGCGAAGGAUCCUGGUCUUACAUUGCUGGUUCCAUCGGGAAAGCCCCGGAGAAAGUGAUAGCAACCGCAACACCAAAGACACCGUCCCAAGGGUGGCAUGCUUCGUGGAGCUUUUCAACCGGACAUGAACUCUUUAUACGGUCGGGAUCAUCAACAACAACAGGAAUGAGUUUCGAUCUCAAAACCAGUACCUCCACUGAAUCACAGGUUAGGUUGGUCGGAGGGCGAAAAAUGCAGUACCAACAUGAAGAAAACGAUGAUGAACAAGGGUUCGUGACACUCAUACGCUUCACAGAGGAAAACCCGAGUGGCAGAGCUACGGGACUUUUGAACUGGAAGCUAUCGGCGGUGGAAUUCUUGCCGGAAGAAGAUGCAGCAUUCGUGCUGCUUCUUAGCACAUCGAUCCUCAGGAGCGUCACCGAAAUGAGACGGGAAGAUGUGGGAAGUUUGUUGAUUCGGAGGAGGUUGAAAGAAGCCAAACACGGAGCUCAGGACUGGGGUUCGGUCAUCGUGCUCGAUGGUUCGGUGAAUUCGGCUCACGUUCGGCCAUGGUAUCGGAAUGUUAAGGCCGUGAUGGCACGAGAAGGGGUGGAUUAUGUCACCAAGAACUAUUCGGCGGAGGAAUGUAGUGAUGAGUUAUAUAUGCAAGCGUUGUUUGGUUGAUUCAUUACAUUUUGUUACAUGGUUUCUUGUGUAUCAUUUUGUAAUAAUUACUUUAAAUUAUUCAUUUUGAUUCCGAAAGAAAUAUAUGUCAAAAUGCAGUUAAGUUUGUUUUAGAUCU